AUGUCAUUCUCUUUUGGUUUCACCCAGGAUAAUUUUAGCGAUGACGAGCUUAUAGAUGCCGAAAACCAGAACUCAAUAGCUCAAGUGGAUGUGUCACAAGGUGUGAAUCCAUUGGAUUCAUCAAAUAAAGAUGCCAAACCCCCAAUCCAUGAAGAUUUCUUGAAAUUACAACAAUCUUUGAUAAAUAUUAGAGUCACUUUUGAAAGAUAUACAACUCCAAGUGGUCAAGUUGUCUUUAGAAGAGAAUUAUUUGAUGUUAAGCAUCAAUUAAUGAGUGAAGAAGGUGGUGAAAAUCAAGAUGAAGAAUUUGGUGUUUUAAUGGGAACUGAUACCACUGAUUUACAAAAAAAUGUCUAUGAAGGAGGGUUGAAAAGUUGGGAAUGUUCGAUCGAUGCAGUGGAUAAGCUCUCCACUUUAUCCGAUUCUGAAGUGUUUGGUCAAGGUGAUGUUGUUGAAUUAGGAUGUGGUACUUCAUUACCAUCAACUUUUCUAUUUCAAAGAGCCUUAAAAACAGGCACAACUAACUUAAAGUUCAAAUUGUCAGACUAUAACCCAGUUGUACUAAGACUUGUUACUUUACCAAACUUAAUUGUCUCUUGGGCUUCAACUUUACCUCAAGAACAAUUAUUAGAAUUACAAAGAAGUGAAGAUCCUGAAAUACCAAUUCUUGAUGAUGAAUUACAACUUACACCAGCAUUAAUUCAAGCGUUUAAGGAAACGCUGGUUAACAAAAACAUUUCAAUUGAAUUAUUUUCAGGAGCAUGGAACAGAGAAUUCUUCAAUUUAAUCACAAAAGACACCAAUAGAAUAGGGUUAAUAAUAACAUCGGAAACCAUCUAUUCUCCAGAAACUUUACCAAUAAUUGGUGAGUUAUUGAUUGAAUUAAUCAUGGCAUCAAAGAACUCUACUGGGAACAUUCCAACUGCCCUUGUUGCUGCGAAGGAUAUAUAUUUUGGCGUUGGUGGAAGUUUGAUAGACUUUGAAAAUUAUCUACAAAAUAAAAUUCAACAAGGAAUUUCAAUAGAAUUCCAAACUGAAAAAGUCAAAGCUGGAUUACAAAGAUCCAUUGUCAUAAUACGAUAG